UCCUCAGAAAUAAACGGACACUCAACAGCAAGAAAUAUGGAGUCGACCUCAUCCACUUUACCCACGCAAAAAAAUUCUGCGAUCUAUAGUUCCACAAAGAUUGACGACACCAUCAGAUACUUAUCUUUACACGACAACAAGUAUAUUAGAUACUUCCCCGGUCAUACGAAAAAGGUGAUAACGUUGAGCAUGAGUCCAAUUGAUGACACCUUCAUUUCGGGCUCCCUGGACAAGACCCUAAGACUAUGGGAUCUGCGUUCUCCGAACUGCCAAGGCAUGAUGCACGUGGGGGGUCGGCCGGUGGCGGCUUUUGAUCCAGAGGGCCUCAUCUUCGCUGCGGGAAUCAACUCAGAAAUGAUCAAGCUUUACGACUUGAGAUCAUUCGACAAGGGUCCAUUUAGUACGUUCCAAUUAUCCAUGGAGAAGGAGUGUGACUGGACCGGGAUCAAAUUCAGUCCUGAUGGCAAGACGAUUCUCACGUCUACAAAUGGAUCGGUUAUCAGACUUGUGGAUGCUUUCCAGGGAACAGCGCUCAAAACCUUUGCCGGACAUCUGAACAACAAAGGCAUUCCCUUAGAGGCGUCCUUUAGCCCCGACUCGCAGUUUAUAUUCAGCGGGUCUACUGAUGGCAGAGUCCAUGUGUGGAAUGCAGAGACUGGCUACAAGGUUUGUGUGCUGAAUGCUGACCAUACUGGGCCUGUACAGUGUGUCCAAUUCAACCCAAAAUACAUGAUGUUGGCCUCAGGAUGCACAAACAUGGCCUUUUGGUUACCAUCCCUAGACGACAUGUGAAGAGAUGACCACACAAGCUAGGACAUACCCGUGAGAUGAAGGGAAAGAGGAAACCAGAGUACAGCAGUUCAUCAUUGAUAUUUUGAUGCAUAGCUUUCAAGUCAGAUGAACCAAAGAUUGAAAAAGAAGACAGAAGAAAAGAAAUAAAAGAUAGAAAAGAAAAGAAAAAAGUUCAUCAUGUCAGCUCUUAAGAAAACAAUGCUUAAGAAAACUAAGAGAAAGAGGACGAGUCUGUGUUAAAGAUCUGAGACACUGUUUUGGGUCCAAUUCUUAGAGCUGUAUGUAACUAAGGCUUUGAAAAGAAAGCCAUAAUUCUGUUGUUGUUUUUUAUUGAUUUUUCCUUUUUUAUUAAUGCUGUCUAAGUGAGAAGAAAUGUUCAACUGAGUUGGACCUUAAAAGAAAUACUGUUCACCUCAAAUUUAUUUUGAGAACUUGACCAGAAAAUGCUAAUUUUUUUUGUGUGUGUGUAAUAUGUAUUACAUGUCAGCCUUGCUCGAGCAUACCUCAGUAUAAUAUUUAUUGACAAAUAUACACAGUAGUUUUUCUUUGUGAUGAUGGUAGCUUUAUGAAGUCAAGAAAAGGACAGUAUCAGAUUUGUUUAUUUGUAAUGAGGUUUUAAUGAAAUAAUAGAAAAAGAGAGACAGUGCAUGGAUGAAAAGAAGUGGAAAUUAUUGAUUUCAUAUUUUGAAUUCAAGUGUUAUCAAAGUUAUUUAUAUUAUUUAAAGCAGGCACUAAGAAAACAUAGCAUGAUAAAGGCUAGAUUCUUACUGUUAUGAUUGUAAUUAAUUUUGGUGAAAUUCCUGUUAAAAUAUUUGAAACUAUCUUUUUUUUCUUUUCUUUUUAUCUGAAACUAAACAUUCUGUUGAAAUUGAUGUAAGUAGAGAACUCAACUCAAAAAAUCAUUUUAGUUCUUAAUUGGUGUCUCAGAUGUGAUUUUCUCCAGGCAGAGGUAUUUUCAGCAGUCAUAUUUGUUCAUUCAACAAUUUGUCCAGUUUUACCCUAUGCUCACAUUAUGAAUUUUACUGUUUUAAAUGGAAGUUUUAAGCCAUUGUUUAUGUAAGAGCAGUAUACUGUUAAAUGAAGAUCAUAGAUAUUCAGUGCAGAUUUAACACUGACCUUUUCAUGUAUAUAAUAUAAUCAAAUGUGGAUUUAGUCAUUUAGAAAGUGUGACCUCUUUUGCUUAAUUUAUUUCUUCAUUUUUCUGUUUUCUUAUUCAGUCUUUAUCAGUCAGUAUAGAUUUUAAUUCAGCAAUGAAAAAUAGAAGUAGACGUAGCAGGUGGCUGCUGAAAAUAUCACUGUAGAACCUAAUAAGGAAACUGUGUUCAGUUUUGUAUGCCAGUGGGUAUCUGCUAAAUCUUAAAAAAGAUACAGUACACUUUGUGUUUUUCUCUCACACAUCCAUGCUCAUGCACACAUAUGUGCACACUCCACACGGACAUUUACACACACUUCCUAUGAAUCUGCAGGCACAUACAUGUUCACUUAUAUGCAUGCAUCAAUGCACAGGAACCUGCCCAGAGAUCAACUUAUAUACAUACAUUCACAUUCUCACUCAAACACACCCACACAAAUGCCUCCUCUCUUCUGCUCUGACCCAAACACAAGCAUACCCACAGCCACCCUCCCACUCUCAUUCUUAACAUUCAUACUCAUACAUUCACAUUUGCACUCACUCUCACACAGACACUUACACAUAUUUGUCGUUACCUUUGACUCUCUCCUCUUUAUGUUGAGGUCCCAACAGAAAUAUUCCCGCCAAUGAUCAUUCUCAUUCUUAACAUUUAUACUCAUACACUCAUUCGCACUCAUUCUCACACAGACAUUUACACAUAUUUGUCUUUACCUGUGACACUCUCUGCAUGUUGAGGUCCCAACAGAAGUAUUCCCCCCAACGAUCAGUCAUUAUUUUGGUGCAAAGUGUAUUAUAGAAAAGUUUAGUCAUAUGAGAACUUGCCCUCUGUACCUUGGAAUUUUUUUUAUGCUCUGAAUUGGAAUAAAUGUGUGAAGGUUUGAUACCCUUCUGUUAUUUUUUA